AUGUCAGUGAACGAUCAGAUAACUCAUAUAGGGAAAACAUUGUCCACAACGGCUUCCGCCUUCCUAAACUACCAGAAAUCAAGCAACAGCAACACUCAAGAUGUACUAACCAAUAAUAGACCUUAUAAGAAUUUAUUGUCCAAUACCGUUAAUAACGUAAGUUCAAAUCCAUACAUUUAUAAGAGGAACGAACACACGCACCUUAUAAACAAUGGAUCUAAAACUUUUGAGGAUAUCUAUUCUAGGACAAGAAGGGGUGAUGUGUUCAAAAACAAAUUCACAGACAAUAAAACGUGCUUCAGAAUGGUCACAUACAUAAGCGAUGACUUGUUAAAUGAGAUUCCAACUAGGGAAAGUGUAAAGGUUUAUGAAGAUACCAAACUUUUAACGGAAGGGGGCGAAGAUGAAAAAUUUAGGAAGAAUGCAUUCAAAACAGAACCUUCCUUAUUUCAAGGCUUCAAAACCUACCUACCCAUGGCCGAACUUGCUAUCGAGAAUACUGAAAGAUUAGACAAUGACACGAAUGGUAUGAACAAUGUAAAAAAAGUCUUACCCAGAACAACUGAACGAGAAGAUAUGGUCAAGGAGCUACCCAAUUUCCAAGAUUCAUUCCUCAUACCUCCUGGAGUGGAAACGAAAAGAAUAAGCUCCUCUUAUUCCCCUAGUGCGCUGAAAAGAUUUUCUCAAACGCUUGUAAAUAGUUUAGAGUUUUUAAAUAUUCAGGAAAAUUCUACGUUAUCUGAGGUAAAAGGCAUCGACUUUGACAUUGAGCAUCUCAGGCAAAAAAAAGAAACACUGCUGGGUAAAAUUUCAAAUAUAAAGCAAAAUCAAUUACUUUUGGAAGACAAUCUCAAACAGAUCGACGAUAGGUUGGAUUUCUUAGAAGAAUACGGACUAGAGGAGGUCGGGGCUGGUAGCGAGGAAAAUGUAGUGGUUAGUAACAAAAGUGAGGAAACUACUUCCAAGAAUGGUUCCAACAAAAAUGAGGGUGACAUCACAAAAACUAUAUCUUCAGAAACUUCUAAUACACUCCCAAGGAGAAGACAACAAUUUCGAGACGAUAACUCAUCGAUUAAACUAGGUGCCUUCUAUAACAAAUCCAAAAAAAGACACAGAAAAAGCUUUCCAACGUUUCAACAACUUCACGAACCAGGAACAAAAAUGGGCUCAAUAAAUUCCACUCACGAUGAUUUUAUUACUUGUUUGGAUUUUGAUGCACCCUUUGGCACCUUAUGUACAGCCGGAUAUCUCGAUCAUACAGUGAAGAUUUGGGAUUUAUCGAAACAAACGCAAAUCGGAGAAUUAGCAGGGCAUCUUGCUACGAUUAAUUGUAUGCAGAUUGAUUGCGAUUAUGAAACUCUUGUUACCGGUGGUAGAGACGCAGCAUUGAAAUUGUGGAAUUUGAACUUAGCUCAACAGCUUUACCAAGAAACACAAAAUCCCACCUCUUUCACAAGUCAUAUCGACUCUCCGUGUGUUUAUACAUUUGAGGCUCAUACCGAUGAGGUUACCGCAUUGUCAUUGGAUCCUAGUUUCUUAGUAAGUGGUUCGCAGGAUAGGACAAUUAGACAAUGGGAUUUACGUUCUGGAAAAUGUAUGCAAACCAUCGACUUGAGUUUUGCUAAUGUCUUAACAGCAGCCACUAAUGUCGAUUUAUCAAAGAGUACACUUCUUACUCAAAGAAGUGAGAGACCUAGUAUAGGUGCACUGCAAAGUUUUGAUGCAGCCUUAGCAACAGGUACAAAAGAUGGUAUUGUUAGGCUAUGGGAUUUAAGAUCUGGUAAAGUGAUCCGUACUUUGAAAGGACAUACGGACGCCAUAACGUCACUGAAAUUUGGUUCCGAGUGCUUAGUCACUGGUUCAUACGACAGGACAGUCAGAGUAUGGGAUUUGAGAACUGGAUUGUUGAGCAAGUUUCAUGCAUACAGUGAACCAAUCUUAUCUUUAGAUUUAUGUCAAGAGAAUGCUGCGGUCAUAGUCGCAAAUGAAACAGCUGUUCAGAUAUACGAUAGCAACAAGGAUGAAAGCUGGUCUUGCGUCGAACAAGGUAACGAAGUUAACGUUACAGCCAUUAAGUACAAAGAAAACUACAUGGUUGAAGGCCGUGAGAGUGGAGAUGUACAUAUUUGGGCGGUCUGA